CUUACUUUUGGCCCAUUUAAACCCUCUCUCUCUCUCUCUCUCUCUCUUUUCAAAUCCCAUUUCAUAGUGAUUUCUGUUAAUUUUUAUUUUGCUGUUUUAAGGAUUCUGGGGCUGUGUGAUUCCUCAAAGCUUGGAUGAAAUGGCAAUUGAACUUUGCUCAGAAAAUUGUGGGGUUUCUUCUGUGAGUCCAAGAAUUUCAUUCUCUCACGACUUUUCCCAUUCUGAUGUAAUACCUGUGGAGCAGCUUCCUUUUAGAUCAAACUCUUCUGGUUUAAAUUCAGGCAUUGAUUUUGAUUUUCGGGUAAGUGAAAGCUUUGAGCUUGAAUCAUCUUCAGCAGACGAGCUUUUCUCACAUGGGAGGAUCCUUCCCACUGAGAUCAAGAGAAAAAAUACACCUUUGAAGCAAACUGGUCAAUUAGCUCCACACACUGCAUUGCCUCCUCCAUAUGCUGUUGGUGAAAACUCAUCUACUAGUAAAAGCUUGAAGAAAGAGACCUCCAAAGAGAGCAAGUAUUUGAAUGAUAUAGUGUAUGAGAAGCAAAGUUCCAAGUCUUUUUGGAGCUUCAAGAGAAGUAGCAGUUGUGGAAGUGGUUAUGGAAGGAGCUUCUGCCCUUUGCCACUUCUAUCAAGAAGCAAUUCAACUGGAUCAUCAACAACUCCAAGUGUUAAGAGGAAUCCAAUGUCAAAGGAGGGUCCUAACAUUAAGCCAAAUUCACACAAACAUUCCACCACAAGGGUCACUCAUCACCUUGUGCCAAACAGUUAUCAGAAGCCUCCAUUGAAUAAGAGUCAUGGAUCUUAUGGUAACAGUGUUAGAGUCAAUCCUGUCCUCAAUGUUCCUCCUGCAAACCUAUUUGGUUUGGCUUCAAUCUUCAACAAUAGAGACAAGAGCAAGAAGAAGUAGUCUUAGUUUACUAGCAAAUCAGUGGGGUCUAUCUUCUAUUUCAAUGUACUUUUUGGGUUUACCAUGUGAAAUUAGAUAAAUGAGUAUAGAUUAAAGUUUUUAAAGGUGAAUGGUUUGCAUCAAGAAGACGAAGUGAUGCAAAGAGAUAUGUGUGAAGAUGAUGGGCAAGAAUGAUAUAAUGCAAACACAUGUUUUGGGGGCACAAAAUGACAGGUAACUGUUGUUUUCAUGGCUGUCCCUUGCUUCUUUUUUUUGUUCCUCUGCUUUUGCUCUUUGGACUAUGUGUAAAUACA